AUGGCGAACAGUAUCGAAGUGAAUGACGGAGGCACCGUCUCCCUCGCACCAUUGACAGCGGUGUGCCAGCCAAUCAAAAGUCGUCAGUUUCCACGGCCGCGGCUGCUGGAGGCGCUCACCUCCGCCGGCCAGACGGCGCUGUUCGUGGCCGCGCAGGCGGGCAGCGCCGACUCGCUGCACCAGCUGCUCCACGUGGGCGCGCACGUGUCCGUCCGCGCCGCUGACAACCAGAGGACCCCGCUGCACGCCGCCGCCGCGCACGGCUUCACCGAAUGCGUGGACGCGCUGCUGAGCCGCGGCGCGGACGCGGACGCGCUGACGGUGCCCGGCGGGUCGUCGGCGCUGCACCUGUCGGCGCAGGCGGGCCACGCGGAGUGCGCGCGGCUGCUGGCGAGGCACGGCGCGCUGCUCGACCGCCGCGACGCCGCCGGCUUCUCGCCGCUCUACAUGGCGGCGCAGCGCGGACACCACCAGGUGGUCGAGGUGCUGCUGCGCCACGGCGCCCGCGCCUCGCUGCGCAACACCGGCGGCAACACCGCGCUGCACAUCGCCGCGCAGGAAGGCAACAUCAAGUGCGUGCAGCUGCUGGCGUCGGCGAAGGACGCGCCGCUGGAGGUGCAAAACGACCUGGGCUUCACUGCGCUCUACACGGCCGUGCAGGGGAGCCACGUGGGCGCGGUGCGCACGCUGCUGCAGGCGGGCGCCAAACCCGGGACCCCGGGGCCCGGCGGCUACACGCCGCUGCACGUCGCGGCCGAGGACGGCCACGUGCUCAUCGUGCAGCUGCUGCUCACCGCCGGCGCAGACCCCAAGCAGGUAACAGACACGGGGUGGACGGCGCUUCAUUCGGCAGCGCAGGAAGGCAAAGAGGGCGCGACGCAGCGGCUGCUCUUCUCGAUGGGGUCCCACGUGAACGCCCAGGACGCCGACGGCUGCUCAGCGCUCCACGUGGCGGCCGCGUGGGGGCGCGCCGGCGUGCUGCGAGAGCUGUUGGCCGCGGGCGCUGACGUCGCGCUGCGCAUGGCGGACGGGCGGUCGGCGCGCGACCUGGCGCAGCAGACGGGCCACUUCGCGUGCGCCAAGCUGCUCAGCAAGCACGAGAGGCGCAUGCGCAGGCGAGGCCUCGCCACGCUCAGCGCGACGCUCGGCGUCGACACUACGGACACGUGCGCCUGACGACGACGGCGCGGAGGAGGGGCGCGGAUUCCGCGUGCGGCUCGCAACGACGGUGGUGCAGACUGUCCAUUUCAACCUGUCUCUGCUCUCGACCACAGCAAAGAUCGUUCUUAUUUCGAAUACCGCAUGUGAGGCAGUAAAGGCGUUAUAGUUGUGAAUUUUCAACUGUACAAAAAGCCUAAGUUUUCGACACUUUACGAACAUCCGUGUCGCGUGACACGUAGACACACAUUCCAUUAAUUCAGGAACACGAUGUGGCUCCACCUACUAGAAAAGAUUUACAGAAAGAAACACCAGAAACGUCAACUGUCACCGAGACGAGGGAUGGUGCUAAUUCAACAAUUUGCUUGUGGACUCUGUCUUCGCCUUGCUGGAACGUAUCCCGACGUCUUCUCAUUCUUGGAGUGAACUGACAAUUGCUGAAUUUUUAACUGAAGCUGCAAUUACAUUGCCUCGACGGUUACUCCAUGUGAGACACUGACUUUCACUGAGCAGCAGAAAUUAGCAUCAAUUACCGUCAUUUUGUAGUGUUGUAAGCAUGCUGAGCAUGAACUAACAGUUGAUCCUAAAAUGUGGUUCCUGUAAUUGCCAUGUGGUGCAUGUUCGAUGCAGAGAGCUGCCAUCUUCCUGGAAUUGUCUUACUUCGAAUAGUUAAAACAUUUCAGAAGUUCCUGAGCCAUUUUUUGUUAUUCUUAAUCACUUUUUUUUAUAUCAGAAGCAUGUUCCCUGAGGAGUCCAUACGAUUC